CUUGUUUUGAACGCAGUUGGCCGCGGUGCAUCAUGGGAUCCAAUAUGUCUGCAAAGAGAGUUAGCUGAUGCUAAUUCAACAGAGAUAACUGCGGAUAAAUGUAGAUUUAAUCCAGUUUUUAUUUUUAUUAUCGGCGCGUUUCGUGUCGCUGUGUGUGUCUGACGUAUUAACUGUUUCCCGCGUGUCGUCAUGUCAACGAAAGCAGAGUCCAGAGUCUCCAGCUCCAGCUCCAGGACAGACGACAGGAGGAGAUCCAGGAGCAGAGGGCGAGAAAAAAGCAAGCGGAAACGUAGCCGUAGCAGAUCUUCCUCGUCGUCCUCUUCCAGCUCGUCGUCGUCGUCGUCUUCCUCGUCAUCGUCGUCCUCCUCUUCAUCAGGUUCAUCGCACUCUUCCAGCCGCAGUCGGAGUAGCUCGAGCAGUAGCGACUCCCGCAGUAAAUCCAGAAAGCAGUCUAAGAAAAGGAAAAAGGAGAAACAGCCCAAAAAAAAAGGGAAGAAAGAGAAGCGACAUAAACGUAAAAAAGACAAGAAAGCAAAAGGAGAAGAAAACUCGGGACCUGUCCAGAUCUCCAAGUACUUGAAGGACCGGAAAAAGGGCAAGUACAGCAUGAUUUCAGGGAAGAAGAUAAAGAUGAAAGUAAAGAAGUCAAAGAAAGACAAACAGCGGGAUAAAAACCGAGCAGAACUUCUCGAGUUCUUGAACUCUACCCUGUGAUGCUGCUGUGGAUGCCGGUAGCGGUGCUCGGGCUCAGACACGUCAGCAGAACUCAGGAAACAACGACUCCUCAGCUUUUCCCCGAGAGAACACAAACGACGGGUUUUCUGAGGAAAAAGAACGAGAUCAACGCGACUUACAUCGACACACACACACACACCGAGCUAGAUGGAGUAGAGGAGCUGUGUCUCGUGAAGUGAGAUACACCACACUACUGCCCAGCUGGCCAGUUCUUCGUCAGCUUAGUCUGAGAGCUCUUGUUAUAUGAGAAGCGUACAUGUUGAGCGGCGUCGUCCAUAAUUUUAUCUGUAGCUGAACCCAUCAGACGAAGAUGAAAACUGUAAUCAAGCAGCAUCAGUCAGAGCGUGGAACGCGGGUGAACUGCCGGGCGACCGGCUUCUCAGCUUUGCCUACAUUACCCACAAUGCAACUCGACUGCCGACAGUUCGGCUGGAGAUUUCGGGUGCGUCAGGGCGCAUUCAGACGGGAUCAGGUGCUGCUCAGACGCAGGUUUUUUUUUAUUAUUCAUUUGAGUCGGGGGGAGGCACAUUUUGGGCGUAGAAGUUGAUCAAUCUUUUGGAAAAACGCUGCGGCUGCCAGUCAGACAACGUCCUCCACAUUCAGCCUGAGAUGUCUCUAAAACUGAGACUAAACUCAUGGACUAAAACUCUGAUACUCUACCUGUUUGUUUAGUUCAUAAACCAGCUUUUAAAUUUGAGUCUGACUCGAAAAUUUAUGCUGCAAAAUAGAGACACGAGAGAAAGAAGUUUGAUUUGAUUUGAGAGAGCAAGCAGUGGUCGAGAGACCUGGACAGUGAAUGAGAGUGAGGGAGCAGCCUUUAAGGUUAAUCUGUGAAAUAAAAAGUUAUUUCCCCGACUGUUUCACAGCGGUUACGCUCAGCACAAAUAGACACACUGCUGCACAACCUGACUCUGUCUGAAUACACCCUUAUGCUAUGCAGAGGUUAAUGUAGCCUCGAGCAGAGAUGAGGAGCAGGCUUCUCCGCACCCUGCUGAGCUUUAUAUAACUUUAACUUUCAAACCUGUGAUGUGUAAAAAUCGGUUCCCGUUCUUGCUCACCUGGCCGGCUGUACUACAUUGACCGUCAUAUUUCCUGAGACAAAUGUUGGUAAUGUGAAACCACAGAGUUUUUUUAAACGUGUACAUUUUGUUUAAAGAGAAUUGACUGUGCGUUGUUUGAUAGCUGUAUGAUAAAUGUCACAAUCAUUCCCCCUCCAAAAUUCGACCCUCUCCCUCGUAUCAGUCCAGUUGAAAGCUUUAUAUGGAUGGUGAGUGUUUACUGUUGAAUUCUGCUGUGUGACAAACAGAAAAGAAAAAGGCAAUAAACUGCUGGAAAGAU